AUGGAAUACUACACCAUUUCACUAUUAUACCUCAUUAUUUCACUAAUCCCAAUCCUCUUGACCAUCCUCUUUACCUCAAAAGUGACCACCAAAUCAAAUCUACCUCCAGGACCAAAACCAUGGCCGAUCAUAGGCAGCAUCCACAAGCUUGGAGACAAGCCUCAUCAUGUUGUCGCAAAGCUUUCAAAAAUUUAUGGCCCCAUAAUGUCUCUCAAACUCGGAAGUAUCACUACAAUAGUAAUAUCAUCCCCAGAAAUAGCUAAAGAAAUGUUCCUCGAGCAUGACUUAGCCCUUUCUAGUAGGCCUAUGCAGACAAAAUCUCUUAAGAAAUUCUCCAUGGUAUGGCUUCCAGUAUGCCCAAAAUGGCGUCACCUUCGAAAGAUUGCAACGCUACAAUUGUUCACCACUCAAAGGUUGGAUAUUAGCCAAGUUUUGAGGCACACAAAGGUGAAAGAGCUAAUGGAGUAUGCACAACAAUGUUGUGAAAACAAUCUACCAGUUGAUAUUGGUAAGGCCGCGUUCACUACAUCGUUAAAUUUAUUGUCCAACACAAUUUUUUCGAUGGAUUUGGCUAGCCAUGUUUCUUCAAAUUCACAAGAGUUUAAGGAUAUUGUUUGGAAUAUUAUGGAGUCGAGGCCUAAUGUGUUGGAUUAUAUCCCGUUAGUAAGGAAGUUAGAUCUGCAAGGUGUGCUUAAAAGGAAAAGAAGUUACUUCAAAAAGAUCAUGGGAGUUUUUGAGGAAAUUAUCGAUGUAAGGUUGAAAGAUCCAACGGAUGUGAAAGAUGACGUCCUAGGUACUCUACUCAAGCUUGUUAAGGAUGAAGAAUUGAGCCUCCAUGACGUCAAACAUAUGCUCUUUGAUUUGUUUCUAGCUGGAACAGAUACAACCUCUAGCACAUUAGAGUGGGCAAUGACAGAGUUAUUACGCAAUCCAAAAGUGAUGGAAAAAGCUCAAAUUGAGAUUGAUCAAGUAUUAGGGAAGGAUGGAUCAAUGCAAGAAUUAGAUAUUGCAAAAUUACCAUAUAUUCAGGCAUUAGUGAAAGAAAUAUUGAGAUUGCAUCCACCGGCCCCGUUUUUGAUACCCCACAUGGCUAUUGAAGAUGUGCAACUAUGUGGUUAUUUAGUACCCAAGCAAUCAACAAUUUGGGUUAAUGUGUGGUCUAUUGGUCGUGAUCCAAGUGUAUGGACAAAAUCAAAAAUGUUUUCACCGGAAAGGUUUUUAGAGAAAGAAAUUGAUGUUAAAGGACGAAAUUUUGAGCUUAUACCCUUUGGAUCAGGAAGAAGGAUAUGUCCUGGAAUGCCACUAGCAUAUAGGAUGGUGCAUUUGACAUUAGCCACUCUUCUCCAUUCAUUCAAUUGGAAGUACGUUAAUGAAGCAAGUAUAGCAACAUGCACUAUAGAUGUGGAAGAAAAGUUUGGAAUUACAUUGCAAAAAGCUGAGCCACUUCAAGCUAUUCCACUUCCUAGGUGA